GCAUGACUCCCGAGCAUCCUGGAAUGAAAGGCAUGAUCCCCGAGCAUCCUGGUAUGGAGUCGCAGCUUGUCUUGUAUGUCAAAAGCCAAGAGAUCUGCUCUCAAAAGAGCAACAACAACGACAAAGAGAGCCUGCCUUGGAAAGUAUCGACGGCUCCGACAAGGAGGGCAGUGGCAAUGACAGCCAAGAGAGAAGCAGUAGCGACAAGGAGGGCAAAUUAUAUAACAGCCAAGAGGGAAGCUGCAGCAACAAGGAGGGCAGUGACAGUCGCAGUGAUAGCGACAAAGAUGGCAGGUUGGAGAAUGUCCGGAAGAAGCGAAAGUUAGAGAAGUUGCCUGCAAUUGUUGAGGAGGCGGUGGAGGAGGAGUAUCGGAAGGCAAAAGUGUGGAAGGAAUGGUUGGAUCGUAGAAAGAAGGAAGCGAAGGAGUUUGACUUGGAGGGCUGGAAAGAGAGGAAUGGGGACCUCAGCCACAAAUCAAGGGAGCAAAUUCGGGAGGAACUUCAGGAGUAUUGCAAGUCGGUGCCCUCUUUUCCAUCUAACCUUGGUGCAAUUGGUGGGGUUGACGAUGUUGUCAAGUCUUUCUUCGUCCACGAUGUAGAUCCUAAUUUAUGGGAAAAAUACGUGGUAGAGUGUCGAGAAAGUGAGGGAUUUGAUGUGGUUACAUAUCCAGGUCCUUCUCCGUACCUUCUCGUUAGGCCAAUCACCUCUUAUUUGAAAAACCCUGAACUGCAUCAAGAACUCAUCCAGUUGGCUACUAGGGCCCUGGAGGAGGUUUUUGCUCCCCGUUCAGUUAGAAAUAUGAUGAACAUUACUGGAUCUCUGUUUAGGAGGUAGACCACCAGAGAAGUAAUCACCUUUACUCCUAUCUACAGUCUGCAACUGAUGCAUCUUGAGACGGCUUAAGCUUGGCGUUCAGGCAAUGGGCUACCAAAAAGAGAUGCUGGAUCAACCAUUCUAAACCCAAAAAUCUUGGUGGAGAGGUCAUAUCACUUUGUUUGGCGUAAAUGACUGAA